AUGGGUAUCUCCUUGGCUGAAACUACUUCAGGUUGGACUUAUGGCCACUCAGAAACAACCAUGAACUGGACCAUGGCCAGACAGUGGUGCCAGACCAGUUUCACGGACAUGGUGGUGAUCCAGAGCCAGGAGGAGAACGACUAUCUGGUCUCCCAGCUACCAAACAGAAAGAAGAGCCCCUAUUACUGGAUCGGAAUCACCAAAACCCACAAGAAUGAAACGUGGACUUGGAUCGGCAACAACAGCACGUGGAUCGGCGAGCAUUCGUGGGCGCCUAACGAGCCCAACAACAACCACAGCACGGAGUUCUGUGUAGAGAUCUACGUCAACAGCUACGCAAACCGGGGGAAGUGGAACGACGAGAAAUGUGCCAAUUCAAAAUACGCAGUUUGUUAUCACGCUCAGUGUAAUUCAGCGUCAUGUGAAAGAGGAAGAUGCCAGGAGACCAUCAACAGCACAACCUGCCUCUGUGAACCUGGUUUUAAAGGAGACAGGUGUGAAACAGCUGAACAGUGUCCAGUUCUGAACCAGACUGACUUCCGCAGUGGAAGGAUGAACUGCAGCCACCCGACUGGACUUCACAGCUACAACUCCACCUGUGAGUUCCGGUGUGACGAAGGCUACAAGCUCAUUGGAGAGGACCAGAUACGCUGUAAUCACAGCGGCCAAUGGACGGCCAGCAUCCCAGUAUGCACAGCGGUGGAAUGUCCUCCUCUGCCUCAGCCUGAAAACGGCUACCUCAGCUGCUCAGGAGGAAACCAGGUCUUCAACACAACCUGUCAGUUUAAAUGCCAACUGGGUCAUCUCAUGAUCGGCCUGUCAACUGUUACCUGUGGGGUCUCCGGGGUCUGGAGCGGCCCGAGACCUGCUUGUGAAAGCAGCCUGAAGAGGUAA